GCUGCGCUCAUCCCGCCGGACUGAGUGGAGAAAUGUGUCGCGGAGAAGAGUUUAAAAAGCUCGUUUUUCUCCAAGCUGCGUGGAUGUUUUCUCACCCGGCGCGUCUGCUGUGUUUCACGUGAAGGCGCAACAAUACGCGGCCAAAGAGCGGGCAGCUCUUAUAUAUUUAGCUCUGUGAGGGAGCAGCAGCGCGGCGGAGAGAGGAGACCCUGAGCCCGGUGUUGCCUAACAUCUGAACCCCCACAGAGACCUUGUGCGAAGCGCCUGGGCCGCCGUACAGCCGGGGGGAUGUGGUGGUGAGCGCGCUGCGUGUUCCGUGUGUGUCAGAGAGGGAGGGAGGGAGAGAGAGGCAGGGGGACAGUUUAUCGGCGGCAACAUGAUGAUGGCCGAUGGUGGAGAUGGUGGUGGAGCAGCCGCUAUGGACCACAACGGGAUCUACGCAAACCCUAACCUCCACAGCCUGCAGCAGCAGAGCCAAAUGGAGGCGGAUAACCCGGACUCCCGCAAACGGCCGCUGGAAACUCCGGCUGAAGAGGCCGGCUGCACCAAACGCACCAACACCGGAGAGGAGGGUGAGUACUUCCUGAAGGUGCUGAUCCCCAGCUAUGCAGCCGGCUCUAUAAUUGGCAAGGGUGGCCAGACCAUCGUGCAACUGCAGAAAGAGACGGGUGCCACCAUUAAGCUGUCCAAAUCCAAAGACUUCUACCCCGGAACAACUGAAAGAGUCUGUCUGAUACAGGGUACAGUCGAAGCCCUCAAUAGCGUCCACAACUUCAUUGCAGAGAAGGUCCGCGAGAUGCCCCAGAGUGCCCAAAAACCAGAACCUGUCAGCAUAUUGCAACCACAGACCACGGUUAACCCAGACCGCGUCAAACAGGCCAAAUUGAUUGUACCCAAUAGUACAGCUGGGCUGAUCAUUGGUAAGGGUGGUGCCACAGUGAAAGCCGUGAUGGAGCAGUCGGGAGCUUGGGUGCAGCUCUCUCAGAAGCCGGAAGGCAUCAACUUGCAGGAGCGAGUAGUCACCAUCAGCGGGGAACCAGAACAGAACCGUAAGGCUGUGGAAAUCAUUGUGCAGAAAAUCCAGGAGGACCCUCAAAGCAGCAGCUGUCUGAAUAUCAGCUACUCCAACGUCUCUGGCCCAGUGGCCAACUCCAACCCCACCGGCUCUCCUUACGCCAACACAGCAGAGGUGCUGCCCAAUGCAGCUGCAGCAGCAGCCACUGCCUCCAGCCUUCUGGGUCAGGCCGGAUUGACAGGAAUGGGUGCCUUCCCUGCCGCCAUGUCCAGUUUCUCUGGCAAUGAUCUGCUGGCCAUCACCUCAGCCCUGAAUACACUGGCCAGCUACGGCUACAACACUAACACCCUGGGCCUGGGUCUCAACCCUGCAGCGGCCUCUGGAGUCCUCGCUGCAGUUGCAGCCAGUGCUAACCCAGCUGCUGCUGCUGCAGCUAACCUACUGGCCUCCUACGCUAAUGAUGCCUCCAGCAGUGCUGGCCACCCCGCUACAGGCCUCGGUGGAUUCUCCCUGGGCUCACUAGCAGCUGCUACUGGAGCUUCCAAUGGUUACCUAAAUGCUUCAUCCCCAUUGAUGGCGUCCUCCCUGUUGGCAACAGAAAAGCUGGCAGAUGGAGCCAAGGACGUGGUUGAAAUAGCUGUGCCCGAGAAUCUGGUGGGUGCCAUUUUGGGGAAAGGAGGGAAGACACUGGUAGAGUACCAGGAGCUGACAGGAGCCCGUAUCCAGAUCUCCAAAAAAGGGGAGUUCAUUCCAGGUACUCGGAACCGUAAAGUUACAAUAACAGGGUCACCGGCCGCUACGCAAGCAGCGCAGUAUCUGAUCAGCCAGCGGAUCACGUAUGAGCAGGGCGUCCGCGCUACCAACCCCCAGAAGGUGGGCUAAAAAAAAAAAAAAAAAACGAAGAGAAAAGAAGGAAAGAAUGAAGACAGAGAUAGAAAGGAAUUAAGAGAGUCAAGAAGAAUAGAAAAAAGAAAUGUCCAAAUAUAUGUUCAAUAUUUCAGUAUCAAACGAGAGAAUUACAAAGGAGGAGGCGGGGGAGACAACCAAGAUAAGUGUGUGUGAUUUGUGAGUGUGUUUUUAGGACAGAAGUCCUGAUGUUUUUUAAAAGUUUGUGUCAAGUCCUUUUGACAAUGAUGAUCAGAGUAAGCUGAACUGGUCCACUGCCAAGUUGCAGAAUCAGGAGUGAGGCCGCGGGGUCUCACCCUCCUCUAAAACCUCAUUACUCUUUGAAUUUCUUUCUUUUAGUUCUUGUUGUUUUUGUUGGAUUUCAGUUGGUUUGGGACCUCAGCUCCCGGUGAGCUGAGCGCAUCAGAUCAAGACCUGGCCAGCUAAUCGAGCUGUUUUGCAAACCUUGCUCUUUGUGUUCAAUGCAGAAGGCAUUGUUAACAGGGGAGAGGUUUUAUGACAAGCACCUGAGCUCAUCUCAGCUAUUUAGGGCAGCGAUCCGAGUAGAAUUUCUUUACAAACAGACAAAAUCACAUCUGUUGACAUGUGUUGGCUCAUUUCAUAAUUGAAAUGACUAAAUUUAGGUCUUUUAUAUUUUCAUCCUUUAACUUAUUGACAUAGUCUCAUUCAAACUGGAGUAGAUUAUUUAAACCUGCGAACGCAGGUUGAUCUGAAUGUAAAAACAAUUUUAGCCUGUUUCUAUAUUUCUUUACAGGGAUCAAAAAAUGUGUUGCAGUGAAAGACAUGUAUAACUCAAACCCAGUCUGAACUGUGCCCUUGCUGUCUGCAGGUGUAGUUCAGGGGUUGAAGAAUCAAUGUGAGAGGACAGAGGAGACACACAGGAAUGUAUAACUAUAUUUUAUCACAAACACACCUAGAGAAUGCUCCCACAAACGCACAAACAAUAGACCAUAAUGUCAUGUUCAGCCACUGCUACAAACACAAAGAAAUGUGUUGUUGACGAAGCCGUUCUUGGUGCUAUAGGAUUUGUAUCUCCAUGGACCGUGGAAUUCAAACGUUUCAGCAACUCCCGUUUUUACUUGAAGUAGCUGAUGCGUCGUCCAGCCAUUGGUAGCCCACUGGACCCGACCCAGCUUCUCACCCCACGACAAUUGAUUGAUUUCAGAAGUUUGUGAUUAAAAGCAGUCCAGCUGUUCUAAUGUAAGCCCAUCGCUUUGUAACACCAGCUGAACAUCCUGCAGUAGUUUAACACCUGACAUACUUUUGCCUUAGUCAGACAUCGCGACGCCCAAGAAUUACCAGAAGGGUCGGGCUUCCUGUAAGCAGUGGCAGUUCACAAAGAGAACAUAGCACCGCAAAAGCAUUUUGACGAGAAGAGCUGUAGGAGCCUAUAUCUGUGAACAAAGAAGCUAUUGCUUUUUCUGUGAGGGUACCAAAUAGUCAAACGGCAGGAUGACACUCUUAAAACAAGUGUUGGAGUCAUGCUUCCAAAUUUGCAUCAAGACAAAAAAUAAAAACGCUGCAGUUCAUUUAAGCAGAAUAGUAUCGUUCCCAAAGUAUGUUAAUGCUCAAGUGGAGCAUGUAAUGAAACAAAAUGUUUUUGGAUUCUUGUCUUUUAUUGCUACUUGUUUGUCUGACAGUGGAAGGCCACAUGGCUGAAGCACUUGAAGAUUAUCGUGCGUCCCCUCUGUGCUGCUAUCCAUAGCGUUCCUCCUGAGUCUGCUGGCUCUCUAAAGACUGCACUGUGAGGCAUUUAGACCACAAUGUGAAGUGUGUCUGUCCUGCAAGGGGUGUGGAUACAUCUUUAUAUGCAUGUUUUUGUCACAAGAUCAAAACCUAUCUGCAGAGCCGGCCCAACGCUGCAAACAUCUUCUAUGGCUCUUUAAGGUUGGCCAGUCUUUGUUUUAUUGAGUUAACGCAUUGAAUUUUGAAAAAAAAAAAAUUAUCCCACGGCCUCCGUCCAAAUUCAGCUUAAGCAAAGACAUAAACACCUUUUAUCGACAUUUAGACAUCAGUGGACAGCAUUGUGUAGAUGUCUUUUCACUUAUCAACCAUUGUUCAUGUUGAUGAGACAAAGAGCAACACUACCUUUUGUCUGCUUGACAAACUUUUAUGCCAGGGGACGGCAGAAAUAAACCAAGCCACUGCAUAAAACUCCAAGGCAAGCAGGGAAAAGAGUGCUUGGCCUCUCAGAAAGAUGGUAAAACUAUAUAUAUAUCUAUGUAUUCAUGUUGAUAAAGCAUAAGUCUAUCUUUAAAAGCGCAUAAAGGAAUAGCAAUUUUUAAAAUAAUUAGAAAUUCUUUGAAAGUUAAACUUGUUUAGUAUUCAGGAUCUGCCAAAUGUACUAAUUGUGAUUAUAUAGAGGAAAAUGUUCUUUGAUACUAACAGUCGUGGUGGAACGUGAUUAUUCAGAUUAAAUAGAGGCUUUGUAAUUUAUAUUGAUUCAUCUUUUUUUCUCAAUUAACAGUGUUUGGCACAAUAAGCAAAGUUUUAGUUGAACUAAAUUUUGGUUGAUGACUGACUUAGUGAACAGAUUUCUACAUGAACCUAAAUGGUCGUGUCAGACGUAGCUGGCUCAUUUUGGCUCUGAAAUGUGGGCUGGAUGCUCCAUUUGCUUUUACCACAGUUGUCAUGGUGUUCAUGCUUGCAGCAGUGAGUUUUGCAUUGAGGUGACACUAGCAUGCUUUUAUUGAGCUGCUGGCGUCCGCCCCUCAAACCAAGCCAAGUCCAUCAUCGCUGUUCACCAAGCUCACUCAGUGUUCUGUUCGUUGGCUUUAGACGUAAACUGCAUUACCGCCACUGACCGGGCUGGAGUGUGUGCGUCAGUGUUUCUGGUGUGCCAAAAAAUAUAGAACUUGUGCAUUUAAGUGCAAUAUUAGUUUAUAAUGCAAUGUUUUUUUUGUAAUGAGUGAAUCAAACUGAACAUGUUUAGUCCCAGCCCUAGCUAACCGUCCUAAUUCAGUGAUGUUAGGUGUUGGUCAUUUCUCCUGCUUGUGUCUGUGCUAGACACAUUCAUAAUGUAAAUAAGGUGCAGAAUUUGAAGGUUUAGUGAAACAUAUGCCCUGAGUAAGAGAUCAUUUCAUUAUUCAAUGAAACUUUUGGGCGGUAAAUGCACAGGUAGUUUGAAAAAAUAAAUGAUUGGUGCCUUGGUGACGAGUUUAACUGGGAUUGGGCCACCAAUCAGAUUCUGCGUAAGGGCCCAUGCAGCCUUGGGCCGGCUCUGCCUAAGUGUAUCAACAGAGGGGAUUUCUCCACACAUGUACUUAUUAAUCCAGUGGUUUUUGAUCUUUCUUUUUACUAAAUUAGUGACCAUUUACCGAUCCAAACUAAACCUCACCUCCCUGCAGUGUACUGUCUAGAAGUCGUAUAUCCACCUUCCUGUUGCUCAAAGGGCAUUUCUGAUAGACGCCAUCAACUCGGGCUCUAUGACCAGCUUCCUUAAUCCAAAGCUGUGAGGGUUGGUGCUGAGUUGUGUCAGUGAAAUUUGGACACUCCCAGUUUGAGGAACAUCUGAGGAAUGGACGUUUUGUUUUUCACGAUUCAUGCGUAACAGUAAGCAGAUUUCCAAGUAUUUCAAGCAACUCAUUCUGCGUGGCAAUACAAGCAGUGAGCCUUUCUUCCCACCUCGAAUCUCUUCCUUUCACUAUGUGCUUGGAAGGCCUCACAGUCAUCCAUAACUACGAUCUGGCCACCUGUGAAGUCAUUGCAUAAGAGAACCUUUUACUGCCCAAGAUUUUAGCAUAUAAUAAGAUACAAGCACAAAACAAGGGGGUGUUUUAUCAAUGCAACUGGACUGUUGGACUCCAGAGAGCUCUCCUUCAGACCUCCCUGAUCGAUACAUUGUGCCAAAAUCUGUUUUCUCCCCCUCUCAUUAACUUUCCUCUUUCUCUCAACAUUUUCUUCCCCUAAACAUCCUCUCUCUGCGUUGUGAGAUUCCUCCUGUGUCCCCAGGUCUGUCCUACUUCCCUCCUACACUGUGCUCUCCCCCUCUUUCUCCUCCCUCUUGUCUUGUCGUCUCAUGGGCGAUGUGCUGGACGCACUGUGGGUGGGAGUUAUGCACUACGGGUCGUAGGGGUAUGAAAAUGUUUUCCCAGGCCGCAGAGUUCACAAGGCUAAAAUGCACAGAAAACACCUGCCUCCAAAACUGUGACACCCUCCAAGACCAACCAGCAACGUUAGCUCAAAGUGUCAAAUUUCCUCAGCGGGAGGAACCAGAAAGAUUUGGACAGGUCUGGCCUUCUUAAGGGAAGAAAAUCUCCUUUGUUAUUUUUUUCAAAACAAAGAGGCAAAUCUUGGUAGGACGAAUAAUAAUUUGAUGGCCGAGCUCGAGCUCUAAACAAAAUAUUUUGGACAGAAUGCAUAAGACAGCGCGAGAGAGCAACGUGGGAACGAGUUUGUGACCUCAAGCCGAAACAGUGACAUCCCUUAUGCAUAUCCUGUUAUCUGAAAAUGACUAGAGCUCAUUUCUGUGGAAUACAAUAUGUCAUGUCAUAUGAUCUAUAUGUACUUUAUUGUAGCUAUUCUAGUUUGUAGUCCAAAUGCAGUCCAGCGUUGUCAAUACAAUGUGAAACUAUGUUAUAUUUGUGUGGAUGAUGAGAGUGCCAACUAAGCCUGACUAAGAUUAGCUUCGCAGUUUGUUUGUGCAUUACGAUGCCUCAUCAUCGAGCGGUGGUGUCCAUAUUUCUGUCACUGAUGAUUUAGUUUGACAGUAAGAAAAUGUUAAGAAUAUUGGAAGCAAUAUAGUAGCAUGUUGUCCUGUUUUGUGUUUUAUGUCUGUUGUAUGAACCUUUGAAAUUACUAAGAUUUUGAAUGAAUAGGUUUACAUGUACUUCUUUUUGUAAGUUAUGAAAAUGCUGCUAUUUGAUAAGUAAACUAUACAAAAUAUUUUAGUGGAAAAGAUGUCUGGUCUGUUGAUUAGAGACAUGCUCUGACAGGGAGGAGCAUAAACCAAGGUGUAUAGAAUGCUAUACAGUAUUGGUAAGAUAGUAAAAGUAAUAAUAGACUCCAUAGUAUGACCUGUGCCAAACUAGACCUCCGCAGCUUCUGAAAUUGUAGAUGUGCGAUCAAAUGUUAGAUAUCAAUAACUUGUUUAGAAGUGCUGAUCAAGUGCCAAUCAAACACUAUCUUUUGAGUUAAGAAAAGAUAAUCAAAUACAUUACUUAAGAAAACAAAGGACAAAGAACUUUUGUGCAUUGUUUUAUCCCAUAGGUACAUAGAGUAAGAGUUACAGAUUGUGAUUUUUAUGGAUCCAUGUUGUUUUACACUCCAUGCAUCCCUUGUGUGUUCGUUUGACCUGUGGCUUAAGUACCGCUGUUUUCUCACAAAUGUCUCUAUAGGCCAGCAUGGACUAAGCAUAACAUGUUAUAAGCAUCCAUAACAUAGCCAUUAACAAUCAAACAAUGUGUUUGUGGAGUUCGGUGUUAUCUUUUUGCACGUCUUCUAUUGCAUGGUAUCAAAGUAAAAUUAUGGAGGAAAAAAUAGAAAAAAAAGUCUAAAAAUUUGCGAGGGGUCUCGCAACAUUCAGACAUAAACGCUGCAUGCAGUCAAAUGUAUAUCUCUUUAAGUUGAACUCACCUCAUGUUAAAACUUGUUGACCUUUCUGUUGUGAGUUGGGAGGGAGCUCAUUAAUGUCAUGUUGGCCCGAAAAGAAAAAAAAAAAAGACACAAACAUGAACACGCAUCUGAGAUCGUAUUUCUCAUGGGUCGAAUUCAUCUCUCCGUCAUCUGAGAAGAUUUCUUUUUGUGUUUUUAGAUCCAGAGGAGGAUUACAAAUGUGAAACAAGCAAACGUGAAAAUGUUACUCAGUGCAUUGGCUCUUUGUGUUUUUAGGAUCUCAGUUCUUUAGAACCUCACAGAUACUCACAAAUACCACAUUUUUUCUCUCACAGCUUGAAAGCCCAGAUCUAAUCUAUGAAUGUACUCAUUUCUUAUCCGUUUUUUUAUUUUUUUUUUAUGGGUAAAGUUCUGUUGAAUGUCUAUCUGUCUUUAAUGUAAAUUCACGGCAGGAAUGUCAACUACAUGUAAAGUUAAUACGUUAAUACAGCUCCAGUCAGGUAGGCCUCCCACGGCCACAGUCAUGAACCAGAUAUGCGAACACAACUUCCGAUUCGCUGUCAACAUUUUCCUGUUUGUUUGGUGUUGCAUAAAUGCACUUUAUUGAUCGGCGGGUGGGAAACGAAGCAAACCGUGUUGGCUUUCCACAACUAUGUUGUUGUCAUCCUUUGUUGUUCAGACUUUGAUUUUCUUUUCCGUGUUGGGUCUCGAGAAUGAUGGGAAGGGCUGGAAUCUCAGACAAAAUAGAAAAGUAGCACCUGUCUCCUCUCUCUAAGGCUUCUCUGCCACAUUCCCUGCAGCAGAGCCCCCCCCCCCCCCCCCCCCCCCCCAGGACUGAUCCGUACACCUGUGUCCAUUUGUUUUUAAAUUCCAAAGCAGGAUUUGUUUUUUCUUGUUUUGCCAGAAAAUUUGGAAUGUCACCCUGACGCUAAGGGUGAAACAUCUAGCUGAUGUUACAAUCAGAUCUGAGAGACAUUUUUGGCACCAGCAACAUAAAGAGUGACUCUGCCACCUCAUAUGGAAGAAAAAGGAAAGCUGUGAUUGGUUUAGGCCUGGUUGUAUCAAUGAUUUAUCUGUCUCAUUGUUCUGUGUCUCACACCCGAGCGCCAGACCAAUUGGCAGCAUCAUUCCUAAGUUGAUUUGGUAGGUUUUGAUUUUAUCUCUGAGUGUGUUGUGGACAUUCGUUCGCCCCCCUGUGGAGCCCCUUCACAAGAAGAGCAGGACUGGUUUGAAGCGCUACAAAACUGGCGACGGCUGCUCACUCCUCCCUUUGAACCAAUUCUACCUGAGUCUCGCUCUCUCAGUCUGCACCACACCACCACUUGUGUUUCAUUACACCGAGAACCUGCAACUGUGUCCACCCUUUAAACGGGUUAAGGCUUUUCUGGGAAAAAAUAAAAUAAAAUAAAAAUAGGAUUCUUUGCCAACCAGACAUGAGGCCAUUUCUGUGUUUGACCCUUGGAACCUCCCAUAGACUUUGUUGACCUUCUACAUCCUCAGAACCUGUGUGUGUUGGAGAUUAAACUCUCAAACUCUGGAAGACUGUUCUGUUUUUUUUUUUAUUAUUAUUAUUAUUUCUUUGACUGAACGCUUGCUUAUGUGUAAACAUAAGGAAGCACAUUUGUACCUUGCAAAAGUUUUCAUGUUCUUUAUUUUUUGGGGUUUGCUUUGAUGUUGUUGAACCUCUGUUUGUUCCAUCUCAGAAAAAAAUGGACUGACAGCAUAAGAUCAAAUAUUUCCGGCUUGAGCAAAGUGAUGUUUUGUUCAUUGGGUACAUAUUUCUCUUUGAUAUAAAUGAGAACGGUUGUGUCUUUUUGUUGUUGCAACAAACAAUGAGACUCUGUGAAGGUGCGCAGUGGAAGCUACCUAAAGGGCUUUCUUUGAGAGCAUUUAUACGAGUCCUUUGAACGUGGUUCAGAAAGAAAAUGCCUUCUUGUGCCAUUUUGAGAAAAAAAAGUAAGAAAGCUUUUUUUGUGGCAAGUAUUUGUCAAUAAGAGUGCCAAAUAAUUCCAUACUGAGCCAAAAGGCAGCCAGCCGUCAUAACUGUUGGAUCUGUGGGAUGAUCCUGUCCCAGAUCUGCUCCCCUAUAAUAAUAAUAAUUAUUAUAAUAAUAAUAAAAAAAUUAAAAAAACAUCACCCUAUUUGUGCAAUGUUGACGCGCAUGUACCAUUAUCGUUAUGCUGCCAGUCUGUUUUCUGCUUUGGUCAGAAACAUCUCAGAAGCGGGAUAUUUUCUAUAAAAAAGACAACAGCUACUAUGAUGAGGGAAUGAGAGGAUUUUAAUUGUCAUUGUUUAUGUUUGUUUAUUUGAGCAUCAUUCAUUAUAGAUUUAACGGUAAUGACUAUUUAAUGUAACUGUAGUACUGUGUUUGUAAAAGAAAUUCAGUGAGUUGUGUUCUAUGACUCGUGGACUACCAGUGAAGUCAGCAUUUCAGUGUUAAUAAUUGAAUUGUUUUUUAAAGAUUAUUUUUGCGACGGCAACAAAGAGUCAUUAUAAAUGUUCAUUUUAACAUCA